AAGGUUCUCAGACCACCGCCUCUCGCUCCCACUAGCUGGUCAGCCGACCUUGACUCGACCUUUCAUUUCUUGAAGCAACCACCAGGAGAUUCGAGCAUCAAAUUGCGACAUGUCGGGCCAACACCAUCAUCACGGCCACGGCGGCGGACAUUGCCAUGACGAAGACGGCCACGACCACUCCAAUGACAUCACCCCAGCUAUCCAGUCGCUCCUUUACUCUCAGGUUCAGUUCGACUCUAUCACAACCCUCAACGAGGCGACCCCCAAGUCUGGCGCUGCGAUCGUCAAGAAAACAUGGGCGGAGAGACUCGACGACGAGCCGGAGCUCGAAAGCGAUGCUGACGAGCAGCUCCUGAUGUACAUUCCCUUCACCGGCCAGGUCAAGGUCCACUCUCUGCUGAUCUACACCGCGCCCACCCCCUCCGCCCCCAAGACCCUGAAACUGUUCAAGAACCGGGACGACAUCGACUUCGCAACCGCGUCCGAGUUGUCGCCCACCCAGACGAUCGAGAUCCCCCAGCCCGUUGCCGGAGCUGAUGUCUUCGAGAUCCCCCUGAACCGUGCGCAUUGGAACACCACCACCUCCAUCACGCUGUUUUUCGAGGAUAACUGGAGUGACGGCGAGGAGGACGUGACCAAGGUCGGCUACGUGGGAUUCAAGGGGACUUUUAUGGCGCUGAACCGCGAGCCCGUCAACUUCCUGUACGAGGCCGCGGCUAAUCCGAACGACCAUGUCGCUAUUCAGGGUGUCAAUGGUGUGGGUAGUAGGAUUUUGUGAGCAUGGAGAAAGGAAGGGGUUCCGUGACUCGCUUAGCUGUGGCGCGGAUGGAUUGACUUGAUCUCCGGUCACCGUUGCUGUUGCUGUUGUUACCUGUGCCUGUUGAUGCGGUGCAGUGGUGUUGAUUCAUGAUCGUGCUUUCUCUAGCCAUAGAGCUGGC